CCGGGCUGGAGUGGUGGUGGCGGCAGAGGCAGAGCGUCUCGUCUCCAGGGGGUGGGGUGCUCCUGGCGCGCUCCCUUAGCAUGGGUUCGAGCUGCGGCCGCGUCUGCUGGAAGUGGCGGUCUCCCCUCCGGCGCCUCGCGGGUUUCAGCAGGCUGCUUUCGACAGCUGCUCUCGCUCCUCAGAUAUGUGUUGUGGGGAGUGGACCUGCUGGGUUUUACACCACCCAGCACCUCCUGAAGCACCACAGACUGGCCCGGGUGGAUAUUUAUGAGAAGCUGCCAGUUCCCUUCGGCCUUGUUCGUUUUGGAGUGGCACCAGACCACCCUGAAGUCAAAAACGUAAUCAACUCAUUUACUCAGACGGCGCAUUCCGAUCGCUGUUCCUAUUAUGGGAACGUCACUAUCGGAAAGGAUGUGACGGUGAAGGAGUUGCAGCAGGCUUAUCAUGCGGUGGUUCUGAGCUAUGGUGCUGAGGAUAACCAGAUCCUUGGAAUCCCAGGGGAGAACCUCUCGGGGGUUUAUUCAGCAAGAGCGUUUGUGGGCUGGUACAAUGGACUGCCUGAGAACAGAGAUCUGAAGCCUGACCUAAGCAGCGAGACAGCCGUGGUCCUGGGGCAGGGGAAUGUAGCUCUGGAUGUUGCCCGAGUUCUGCUGUCUCCACUCGAUAUACUCAGGAAGACUGAUAUCACUGAAGGCUCCUUGGCAGCCAUAGCCUGCAGUAAGGUCAAGCGUGUGUGGCUUGUUGGGCGGAGGGGGCCCCUCCAGGUAGCUUUCACCAUAAAGGAGUUGCGGGAGAUGAUCAACCUGCCCGGUACCAGACCUCUCCUGGCCCCUGCUGACUUUACAGGCCUUGGCGAUGUUAUUAAAGAUGUUCCCAGACCCAGGAAGCGUCUGACUGAGCUGAUGGUCAAAUCGGCCCUGGAGAAACCUGGUGAGAAAGAGGCCAGUCGUUGGGCCUCAGCAACCAAAGAGUGGGGCUUGAAAUUCCGGCGCAGCCCGCUGGAGGUACUGUCCGCUGCUGACGGGAAGCAAGCAAGAGGCAUCCGAAUAGCCGUCACCAGGCUGGAGGGUUCAGGCGAGUCUGCCAGAGCUGUCCCCACUGGAGAAGUGGAGGAGCUUGAAUGUGGGCUGAUCCUCAGCAGCAUUGGCUACCGGAGCCUCCCACUUGACUCGGCUAUACCAUUUGACCCCAAACUGGGGAUCAUCCCCAACAGCCUGGGCAGGGUUCAGGGGGAACCAGGUCUGUACUGCAGCGGCUGGGUGAAGAGGGGACCCACAGGGGUGAUUAUCACCACCAUGAACGAUAGCUUUGACACAGCCCAGUCCGUGCUAGAAGAUCUCCAGACGGGGGUGCUGAACCUUUCAAGCUCCAAGGACGGCUUCAGGUCUGUGAGGAGCAUUCUGCACAGUCGAGGGGUCCAUCCGGUUACCUUCUCAGACUGGGAGAAGAUAGAUGCUGCUGAAGUGGCAAGAGGCAAGCUGGCUGGCAAACCUCGGGAGAAGAUAGUGGAUCCUCAAGAGAUGCUGCAGUUGAUCAGUCACUGAAGAUGCCUAUGCACAGCCCUCUGGGUCUGAGAAAGUGACAGAUCCACAGUGUAUCCCCUGCAUCUCCUCGGCAAGUUCCAUUCGCUGCUGGCCAUGCCUGCCAUGGAGGAUUGGCACAGUCAGAACUGAUUGCUGUUCUUGCAGGCAUGGGAGAAGGUGGGUGGCUCCAGAGGCCUGUGGAGCUGUCCGGUAGUGAGCUGGAACUGACUCUGGCUUCUCAAAGCGAACAUGAGUUUACACAAGGCCACGUGCUAUUGACUGACUCCAGGUCUUUACAGCCUGCAGUCUUGUCUCCAGCCACCUUCCCUCCUUGGGUCAGCCCUAUAGGGGGUCACUGCAGUCAUCCGGGAGCUCGCUGUAGAUUGAGUCACUUGGGCGUUAACCGCUUAGUUGGACUGGGUGCCGCUUAGAGUGAGAGGCCCUGGCUCGCUGCUCUCUGAUCAUUACAAAGAAAUUUUACUGCACCUUUGAAGCCAGUGAGAGGGAAUGAGUGACUGUCACCUUUCCAUUCACACCAAAAGCCUAAAGCCAAAUGGCUUUAUUUCCUUGUAACCUGGGUCAGAGUCUGAGCAAGUUAUUUUCUCUCUUUAAAUCACCUAUAAAUAAGCCCUUUCAGGAAGAGGAAGGUGAAGUUGGAGCUACAGUUUGAGUCCAACCUCUUAAUCUCUGUCUGCAUUAAUCUUAGGGCUGGCUGGCCAGCCUAGGCCUGCAGAUAGCCUAAGAGCUGUGCAAAUGCAGGGUCCUGCUUCUCAUCCGCUGAGUGAGUGUUGCUUUCUGUCUGUCUGCAAACUUUACUAGGCAGUCUGUGUCAAUAAAUCCUGAAGAGUCCUCAUCUGCUCAACAGCACUUAAUAAUGGAAACCUAGACCGGGCCCGGGUUAUUUUAUUUUUUUAGCCGGGGGAUGGGAUGGGAAAUUAGUAAAUAUAUAAUUGAUUUGUCCCAGAAUAUCCAGAAUCAUCUGUGCAUUAGUAUUUCAGAGGUGCAGCCUGCCCUGAUUGUGACUAGCACCAACCUCUUGGCCUUUCUGCUUUUUUAUGUAGUCUGUAUGUUUUGAAGAUUAUUAAACUGACCCUUUUCCUCUUUGACCAAAUCUAUUAUGUUUUAAAUGAUUCCAGGUUUUACUGCUAGACCGAGAGCCCCUAAUAUCCUCUGUUUAGCUACAGAAGGAGUAUAGCAUCAUGCAGACUUCCUUGCUGCUCUGUUAAUGUGCUUUCUCCUUGACCUGUAGGGCUACCUGAAUGGCUGAGACUGCAGUUGUCACAUGUAAACUGUUCAGAUCCGGUUUUUUAUGACAACAUCUGCAGAUCCCCCUUGUAAAUGUGUCUAUUGUAGACCAGGCCUCUGGGUGUUAGGGGAGUUCAAUCUCUGUCCUCAUGCAACCCUUGGUGUCUCUGCUAAAAUGUAUCAGUUGUGGUGCUGUUUUGUUGCAAUGUGGACACCUGUCUGCUGGGAGGUUCCAGAUUGUAUUUCCAUGCUCAGCAUUUAGCCCAAUUCUAGACAAGACAGAUCUGGGCCUCAUCUCUUUUUAAAUCUCAUUUGCAAACUCAUUAAGAAACUCAGGAAAUGUGAUGACUGCUGGAAACAUCUAUGCAAAUUAGCAAUAAAGCUUGUUGAACAGCU